AUGUCGUUUAAGUGGAACGAUGCCGAGAAAUGGAUAAUUAACAAGCAAAAUGUGCAAGCUAUUAAUGUUAACCGUGAUCAUAGAUUGCGUGCUAAUCAAGUUGCUGAAGCUACGGCAGUUGAUUUAUGUCAUCCUGACAAACAGAUUCAAUUCGAGAAGUUCUCUUCGAUUCCUUGUGGAGCUCAAAGUCCGGAAUCAGAUACAACAGGUCUGCCUGCUAUACGGUCUGUUUAUAUGAGAGAUAUGGGAACUGAAAUGACCCCUGCUACAAGUCAAGAGUCUUCAAGGACUUCUACACCUGUAGGGGCAACAACCCCCCUCCAAACUCCGGUAUCUUCGGCCUCCUCUACUCUCCGUAGAGGGGAACCAACGAGACACACUCUGGAUGAUCCAGUUGGUAAUCCAAAGAAAGAAUUGUCCAAGCAAGAAAUGAAGCUCAAGACAAGAAGAGAGAUUGUAGCCCUCGGCGUCCAGCUUGGGAAGAUGAAUAUUGCUUCUUGGGCAAGCAAAGACGAGAAGGAAAAAAACUCAUCUUCUGUGGAAACCGCUAACAUAGAGGAGCUUAAACGAAACGAAUAUGAAAAGCGAGCUGCUGCAUGGGAGAUAACCGAAAAUUCUAAGCAUACCGCAAGGUAUAAGCGUGAAGAGAUCAAAAUAGAAACAUGGGAGAGUCAGCAGAGAGCAAAACUAGAAGCUGAAAUGAAGAGAAUCGAGGCAAAAGUGGAGCAAAUGAGAGCCCAAGCUCAAGCUCUGAUGGUGAAGAAGAUUGCUAUGGUGAGGCAAAUUGCAGCGGGAAAACGAGAAGCGGCUGAGGCCAGAAAGAAUCAAGAUGCCAAAAGAACUACUGCUCAAGCAGAAUAUAUUCUCCGAACCGGAAGAAUGUCAUGGACUCAUAUCAUGUGCUGCGGUUGGCUGUAA